AUGGACGACCUAUUGCCAAAGCUUCUAUCGUUUCCGCCUCACCCCCCACCUCCAAAACCUCUCAGCAUCGUCCAAUACGAUGAAGGCAUCAAAGCCCAGAUCUCGGCCAUCAAGAGUAUACCAGAGGGCAAGCUACUACAGCAAACCUCUAGCGGUGAAAAUGCCCUAGAUAUUAUUAAUCCUGCGCUAAACACCGUCCCAUACGCCCUCAUUCUGACUGCACAUAUGUCUGCCAUGCAAAGCGGCGCCAAAGACGUGGACCUUGACAUGCUUUGGGGCAAGAUUACCGAUUUCCUUCCAAACUUCGACCCUCGGCAAGCUCGCUAUUUGGGCUCCGAAAUAUCGCGUAUUAUUGAGGCCACCGCCGCGAUUGCACGCAGUCAUCAGCAGAUUCCGCUCGCCCUCCCACCCAUUAGAGAUGCACUGCUACGUAUCGAUCCUACGGGCACCGUGUUUACCUCGAAGCACCUUCUCCUCGUGAAGCUGGCAUUAGAAUCUCGGAGUUACGACAAUGUGAUCCCCGUCCUCGAAAAGCCCAUACUAUAUAUCCCAGGAUCUCGCAACCAACCAAAAGCAAAACAUAUUUGCGAUACCGCGCUUCCACCCCAAGCCUACAUCACGCCCGCGAAUGGUUUCCCAGGGAAAGGUAUCCGGCACCACGAUGUUUUAGAAUAUUUCCUCUAUAGCGGAAUGGUCUACAUUGCUUUGAGGAAUUGGAAGCGCGCUUUAGAGUGCCUAGAAGACGCGGUUACAUAUCCUGCCAAAGAUAGCUCUAUUAGCAAGAUUAUGGUGGAGGCGUAUAAGAAAUGGGUGCUCAUCAAUCUUCUGGUGGAGGGGAGAUUAAUGGAUAUACCGAAAGCCAGCAGCGUAUCAAAGUUGUACCAUACCCUUGCUAAACCCUAUGAGACCGUCGCCCGAAUUUUUCAGCUUGGUACUGCUUCCAGGCUCAAGUCGGAGGUAGAGGCAGGGAAACACAUAUGGCAAAAUGAUUGCAACACCGGUCUCAUCCUCAACGUCCUGGCGGCAUACCAAAAGUUCCAGAUCCGGAAUCUUGCAGGUGUCCACAGCAAGAUAUCCAUAGCAGAGAUCCACAAUCUUACCAUGAGUGGCGAGACAGGUGCCAAGCUGCCGAGUUCCCAGGCUGUCGAAACCUUGGUACAAAACAUGAUUGCUGACGGUUCUCUAAACGCCACUCUAAGCAAUCCCUCCAACCAAGGAUCAGUUCUUACAUUCUCACAAGGUGGCCCUGUCUUGAGCGAGAAGCAGGUGCAAGCAGAGCUCGCAGCAUCAACGCUGCGCAUUAAGAAUCUGACGCAGGAGAUCAAGAACACGGAUCACAUAAUGACCUACGAUAAAGACUACGUCAAGCAUCUUCAGAAGCAAAAGAAGAACACUAAGACUAUGCACGACCAAGGGAUUUCCGGGGGAGAUAUGGACUGGAAUGGUGUUGAUGACGAGGAUCUCAUGGAUAGUUUAUAUUGA